AUGAAAUACUUUUCCGUUGUUGUGGGCGCCAUUGUUGGCGCAGAAGCCGCAAAGCCGAGCUUCGCAACGGGCCAAGCGUUGGGCGCCGCUCUUUCCGAAGCGAUUUCCGCCGGUGAAGGCUCGAAAAUUUCGGCUGCUCUGCUUGCCGGUCAGAGUUUUCUCAAGCGUCCCUCCACACUCAAUUUGCAUGUCGGAGAAACUGCGCAGACAAGCUCGUCCGAUCGCGCUGCAACGGCUUCUGCAUUGAUGGCACUGGAAUCUGGCGAGGCGCGCUUUUUAGAGACGUUGUCAUCCAAAGGCUCAUUCCUUCGCUCGCCGCUCGCAGACUUACUUAUGUCUGAAACUCAAGUGUAUCCCUAAAGCGAUCCAACUGAGGCGUUUGAUCUAGAAAUCGGAAGUUGCAGUUAGUUGGGCUCGCUAUGGGAUCCAUCUUUUACUCCUCUAAACCCCAACGGCUCGGAGGCGAGGCAGCUGUCUUCAAAGAUGCGCUCUCCUACUAUUCUGGUCUUGUGGACGCUGGUGGAGUUUCCGCGCGAAAAGGCCUCGUCGGGUUGUUGCAGCUGGCCAGUUUGCCAAACGCGCGCGUGCCGAUGGCGACAGUGCUCUUCAAGUGCUCUCAAUUGGCCAAGAAAGAAAGCACAUCAGAUGCUGACCGUGAACUUGCUGGCUCCAUCAUCACUUACCUGACCAACAUGCCAGUGGCUUUCCAAUCCAGCGACGUUGCGUCGGGAUCGUAUGGCCAUACCAACAUCGUGCUGCCGGCUCCAAGCCGCGUCUACGGCACAGGUGCCUAA